AUGGCAGAACUUACUGUAGCUUUAUUUGUAUGUAAAGUACUUGUCGGCAAGGAAUCAGCGAUAACCAAAGGUGUUUCAAUGUUAAGAUAUUCAGUUUCCCAUGUCUUAGACAUGAACGGAAGCGAACGGAAGUGUCAGUCCAAUUCAUCACCAGUAACUGCCACAAUAACAACAACGACACCAAUAGAAGAUGCAAAGUCAUACACACACAGCAAAAGUAAUGAUGAAUUCAGAAAAAUGUCUCUUAACCAUCAAGAAUAUCAUGAAGGGAGACUGACAGUUAAUCAUGAGGUUUAUGGCUGUGCGUACAAAGAAUUUUCUAGUAAUCAAAGACAAAAUAACAAGGGUAAUCUGAUAGAUGAACCACCAAAGCGUCCAGUGAAAGGUUACCAGUUAAUUAAAAGGAAAUUUCGUCUUACACGCGAAGCGCUUACUGCAGGUUUCAAAAAAUCAAACAAUCCUCAAGGUGAUAAUACAGCUGCGGUUAAUAGUAAAAAUACUAAGAACUCUGAAAAGACUGAUAAUCUGUCCAAUAAUAAUCACUGUAAGAGCAAUUAUUAUUCUGGUACUAUAUCACUGAAUUCAGAUGAAUCGAAAAACAAUUGUUCGCCUAAAAGACGUUCAUCAGGCUUCAGCGUAAAAUGUGAAGAUUUUCAACCACGUUUAUCAAUUCAGUUAAAUGAUUCAUCAACUAAAAAUGAUAAAAGUAAUCCCAAUGAUCAGUGUUAUCCUAAUGGGGAAAAUUUAAAUUUUAUUAAAAUGAAGAAAGAAAAUUCACUUAUGUCAAGAUCACAAAUCUAUUUGAAGCCAAUUCAACAUUCAGAUUGUUUAAGUUUACAGUCAAGUCUUAAGCUAAGUCAAGCGUCUUUAUGGGAUACACAGAGAGAUUUUUUGUACGGCUCAAUGGCACUCGGUGGUAGUAUGUUAGGUGUAUCAGAUAUGAAUAGUGUCUGUGGACCAAUUGCAGCUGGAAUAAAUGAAAAUUAUGCAGAUUUAGUCUCAGCAUUUCAUAAAAUCUUAAUUGCUGUUGGUGAAAAUCCAAAUCGUGAAGGUCUGUUGAAAACACCAGAACGAGCUGCUAAAGCUAUGCUAUAUUUCACAAAAGGUUAUGAAGAACGUGUCAGUGAUAUAUUGAAUGGGGCUAUCUUUGAGGAGAAUCAUGAUGAAAUAGUAUUGGUUAAAGAUAUUGAAAUGUUUUCUAUGUGUGAACAUCAUAUGAUACCAUUUAUUGGACGUGUUUCAAUUGGUUAUUUACCGAAUAAGAAAGUUCUUGGUUUAAGUAAAUUAGCACGUAUUGUUGAAGUAUACUCCCGAAGAUUACAAGUACAAGAAAGGCUUACCAAAGAAAUCGCUACAGCUCUAAAUGAAGCUGUUAAUCCUAGAGGUGUAGGUGUAAUAAUUGAAGCUACACAUAUGUGCAUGGUGAUGCGUGGUGUACAAAAAAUCAACUCUACUACAGUGACAACAGCAAUGCUGGGUGAUUUAAAAGAAAAUCUCAGAUUACGUGAAGAAUUUCUACAUCUAGCUACAAGGAAAUAA